AUGGCAGGUGCUGCCCAAUCGCUGGCGGCGGAUGGCCUGCCCUGGCCAAAGAGCAAACAUGAGCCUCGGCAGUUGGAGAUGCGAGGCUAUCGUUCAGGCCGGUCUUCAACGCCUGUAUGGGCUGUAAAGAAGAUUCCUCUAUCGCUGAUUGAGCAGCAUGGUCUCACCGAGCAGAUGAAGAGGGAGAGACCUGGCGUGCAAAUGCGCUGGUCAGAGUUCCGGCUCAGGAUUGAUAUUAUGAGAAGCUUACGGCAUCCGCAUAUCGUAGAACUGCACUUCAGCUUUCAAGACGAGAGCCACGUCUAUCUGGGCAUGGAGUUUGCCGAGGGAGGUGGUAUGUUUGACUUGCUGAGCAAGUAUGGGAAGUUUUCCUCCGAGCUUGCAGCCCGGCACUUCUACGAAGUCUGUGAUGCCUUGGAAUAUCUGCACACACAGACUCCACAGAUCAUCCACAGGGACAUCAAGCCUGAGAACAUUUUGCUGGACAAAGAGCAGCAUGCAAAGCUGGCUGACUUUGGAUGGUCCAACGUCCUGGAGAACGUGUCCUAUAGGGCGACCUUUUGUGGCACACCCGACUACUUGGCCCCCGAGAUGAUUCGCGGGGAGGGCCACAACGAAAGUCUGGACAUGUGGGAGAUGGGUGUGCUGCUGUAUGAGAUGACCGUGGGCAAAUCUCCCUUUGGCGGAAGCAAUCAGGAUGAGACAUGCCGCAACAUUCUGAAUCUUGGCCGUAACAACUGGCUGAGACUCGUCAUCUCCUUUGGUUCGUUCUCCACUGUAAGGAGCUGCAAGCUGAAGUUUCCACCUGGUUUAGAGCCAUUGGCAGAGGCGCGAAACCUGCGCCGGAAGAAUGAGAUUCUCCUCAACGAGCACACUGAGCUCCUUCAGCAAAAAGCCCACAAGGACAGGUCUGACGGCACGGCAUCGACUGCAGGACACCAUAGGACACCUUUGAGAGAGGGUUUGCGGAUGUAUGCGGGUAUGCGGGGGGGGUCGGGCAUGGAUGAAGGUGGUCGAUGUGAGUUGUGCAAAAGAAAGACUUUGAGCGAAGAGAUGGGGAUGGAGGGGCUGCAUCUCCUAGGGUUCAGUCUCACUGUCUCAGCGUCAUUGGUGCCAGGAGGGGGGAAAUUUUCAAGAUCGACGAGCAACUGGAGGCUCAGCUUGCAUGUGUCCGGGUUGGGUUCGUCCUUUGUCGCUUUCCAGUGCGCUGUUGAUUUGUUGGGAGGGUGGACUGCCGUGGCGGUGCAGGAGAAAGUUCAACUGCUCCAAAGAGAAAAGGGCAAGAGAGACCAGGCAGUGAAGACUUGGACAUUAAGGGAAGCAAGGCAACCACAGAAAUUAAUGAGAGACUCAGACCAGUCAAUUGUAAAAUCAAAAGCCUGCUGCGAGCAUGAUCGAGCAUGA